AAAACUUAGUAUUUUUUAGGAUUACUCGGUAUUGCUCGGUAUUACUCUGUAUUUUAUCUUCAUGUAAUAAUAUUUCUCGUUAUUAUUGAUAUUGUUCGGUAUUUCUCGUUUUGUACCUACGAUCUUAGUGCCGGCCAAAUGUAACUGUACACGGACGUAAUAAAAGUUGUUCCACCCCCACGGCCCACCACCCAUAAGCCUUAAACGCGACCACGCAGAGUCUAUGAGAACGUUCAAAAAAAAAAAUCAGAAAGCCUGAAGACCGAGCAAAAAUCCCACUUUGCCCCCUUUCUCCGCCCUACUCCUCCACUCACACCAAUCCCAACACCAUAUAUAACCAAACCAUUUUUCCCUCCCUCUCUCCCUCCCUCUCUUCGACCGCCAUGGCGACUAACAUCGCAGCCAUUCUUCUCUUCUCCUUCUAUUUCUCCUUAACAACAGGAAGAAGUCUGAAUGAGAAUCAAUGGAUCUUAGCCACCGCAACAUACACCAGAGGGGGCUCCCAGGCGGGAGGAGGAGCGUGCGGCUACAGCUUGGAAGCAGAGGAGCGGCCGGAAUGGAUGUGGGAGUUGGGGAGGAAGACGGCGGCGGUGAGCGGCGAGCUAUUCCGGCGGGGAGGCGUUUGUGGAUCCUGCUUUGAGCUCCGAUGCGUCGAUCACAUACUCUAUUGUCUCCGUGGAAGCCCUUCUGUUGUCGUCACCGCCGUCGACUUCUGCGCGCCUAAUUACGGCCUCUCUUCCGACGAUGGUGGAUGGUGUAAUUUUCCUCGCCGGCAUUUCGACCUUUCUCUUCCGGCGUUUGCUUCUAUUGCUCGCGCGGCCGCUGACAUUGUCCCUGUUCAGUACAGAAGAGUGAGGUGCGAGAGAAGUGGGAAGAUGAGGUUUACAGUGAGAGGGAGCUCAUACUUCUACCAGGUUCUCAUCACCAAUGUCGGCUUCGACGGGGAGGUUGCCGAGGUGAAAGUGAAGGGAAAGAGCACUGGUUGGAUACCAAUGGGAAGGAAUUGGGGACAAAACUGGCACUGUAAUGCAGAUUUAAAUGGCCAACCACUGUCUUUUGAGGUUACUGGAAGUAGUGGAAGAAGAGUGACUUCUUACAAUAUUGCUCCUUCCAACUGGAGAUUUGGGCAAACCUUUGAAGGGAAGCAGUUUGAAGGUUAGUUAUAUGAAAGAUGGAACUUUUUUUCCUUUUUUUAAUGAACUUUUCCUUAUUUUCAGAGGCUUAGAAAUUACUAUGGUUAUACUGUUAGGAAAAUUUUGGGGGUGAGCCUAUAGUUGUUUUGCAAGGAAACUUAUAGAUGUCAAUGAACUGUCUUUAGUAGUAUAAAUCUGUC